AUGAAUUUUCAAUUUUUGCAUAAUAAAGAAAAUGCUAAAGCUUUUUGCUUGGGGCAACAGACACUGCAACCUUUAGAAAGAUCAAAAGUCGUUGGACAGCCUCCCUCAACUAUACCUAUAUACGAUCAAAACAUAUUAAGUGGAAAUCUUACAGCUGGACCAAAUUCAAGCGGUGCAUUUUAUUUUUUUAAUCUCAAGAACACUACGGACCGCACAGGCGGUCUAAAAAAUGUAUUUGCCCGAGCUUUUAACAAAACUUCCCCUCAAAAGUCGAAUACUCCCGCCGCGGUUUCUGUAACCUCUUCAACUUUUACAUCGUCUACAAGCUUAAAGAAAUCAAGCUCACCUGAUAAUAUACAACAGGGAAUUGCUCCACAAUUCUUAAAUAUUUCUGUGAUAAUAUGCACAACUCCGAAAAACGUUACAUCAGCAAACAUUCCACAACUAAAUAUAUAUGUUUCUGAUACUGUGCCAUUACCAGGACCUAAUAGUAAUGUGCAAAAAUUUCAAACGUCAGAAGGAUUGGUUGUAAUAUCUUGGCCAUACAAUAGUAAUACAAAUGGGGUCUAUAUAGGGAUUUAUGCCCCCUCUUCCGUCAUUGGCACUUUUAAUUUUGAAAUUGGAACAUCAUUACAUGAAUCUAUGCAUAAUUACGAUGAUGAAAACUCUGGAAUAUAUUUGGAAGAUACAGACGAUAGUCAUGCUCUAGUCACCACAAUAAAUGCGAUAAACAACGCUAAUUCAUAUGAUGUAUAUAUUGUGCCUGAAAAUGCUACGAAUGGUCUUUCGCACUCUUUUUGUGCUUUAAGUGAAAUUUCUUCUCAAGUUCAAAAUGUCACA